AUGGCUCGGCCCGUCGACCAAUCUCGCUGGAACCAGGACCGUAUCUACUACGGGUACCAUUCAGUAGAUCCCUCGCCCUUAGUCGCCCUCCCCCAGCUUGACUCUGAUCUUAGUUGGGGAUCACCUACCGAUAGGGUGCAUCCUUGGGCAUGCCAUCACCCCGACUGUCUCUCUUGCCGCGCCAUGUCAGCUAGCGCCGCCAGUCCGGUUACCGGCCCGAACCUCGCAGACCCGGACCAUUCAGAUGCGAUCGCCACCUCCGCCACCCAUCAGCCUUCGGUGGAAGGCAGCGUCCACCAGGAACAGAAGUCCCAGCCUCAAAACAAGAAGAAAAAUACCAGACAAGCCCCAGAGUACGGCACUUUCCCGUAA